AUGCUUUCCCGAUUAGAGGACGUGGAACAGCAACUGUGGACGGCGGCGACAGCCAUCAAGCUGCACUUGCGGUUGUUAAAAGGCGAGCAUGAGGCCAUCGGGUGGGCAGAGAUCGCGGCACUUGCGCUCGUAUGUGGCCGGAUCGAGCAGGUGCAGAGCGAGUUGCGAGACUCGACCACGGAAAUACUGUCAUUGGCUAGGAUAAGCCUGGCUGGGGGAGGCAGUAGAGAAGGAGAAGGCCACGAAGCAGAGCGAGACAGUGAAGAUGGAGACACUGAGACGGAAGAUGAAGCAGAAGAAAUGGAGGAUAUAAAGGUGGCUACAGAAAGAGAAGAUGACGUUGAUAAGAGAGCUAGAGGACUGUAUACAGAUGACAAUGACGUUGAAAUGAAGGCGGAACAUCCAGAGGCUGAUGCAAAGACACCUCCAAGCCAGCAAGUAGCCAAGAAGCUAGUGGAGGUGGAGACGACAAGAGCGGUAGUGACGCUAUCAGCUGGAAGAGACCGUGAGGUAGCGGCUCGAAUGGCGAAAUUGAAGGUUUGUAAGAGGAAUCUGAUCUCUCUGGCGCAAAAGGAGAAGCUUAGUGCUAGUGUGAACAAUGAGGUGGUACCAUCUGCCGGAGCUUCGAACUCUAACAAGCGACCUCGUACCGACUCGGACGAGACUGGACCGGAGUUUAAGCGACCUCGGCCCAGGGAUCCUUUCGACCCAGUCAAGCUUAUUGUAGCUAGGUUUGGUGAGGUGGCAUUAAAAGUCAAAAUGUUGGUCUCAAGUGGGAACGAAGUUACCAACAGAGCACAAGAAAUGGGGAGCGCUGUGGGUGAAAUGAAGGUAGCUGCGACAGCCGCGAUCAACGGAGUCACUGAGCUGCUCGAGCAUCCAGACUACCAUGGCCAAGACAUUGUGACGCAGCAGCGCUGGAAUGGACAUCAUGACGAGUUUUCUGUCGCGUAUUCCUGCGCAGAAUCUCAGGUUUGCGUGGUUGCAGCGCACCACAUACGAGUUGAUCUCCAGUCGUUGGCGACGAGCUUUACGAAGGUGGAAGCUUACACGGAGGACAACAUUUAUGAGUUCGAAAGAGAACCCGUUCCUACUCUCGAUGUGAUGGAGAGCCGCGUCAAACGCUUUCGGCAACUGAAAAAGAAGAACAUGAUGAGUCCGAUACAGUCCAUUUCAGGCGGAUUACUCAUUGAUAUCAGCUACUUUAGUGCUCAGAAUGUGGAUAAAAAAGUGGUGCGCUCUGUAGAGAAUUGGUCUCGCUUCACGGCGGUGGGAAAAGCCCUCGCCGCUUGGAUGCAUCGGGCUCUCAAGUCAAAAGCACGACUGCCGCAUAACUUUUUCAAAAGAUUAUCAGAGCAGCUACAGGAGUUCGACGCGAAAUUCCCAGACAAGUUGUCGCCCUACUUGUUGAGGCACGUCGCUUUCUCGAGCAUCGCGGACACGUCUUGGAAUUUGUAG